CGACUUGCAGAUGUGAUCGCCCCAUCUGACGACCUCUAGCACGCUGCCCAUCAACAGUCAUCCUACCCUAGGAGCACCUCAUCCUCCCUCGCCGUCGCCAUCCCCGCUGGGCCUAAGAGCAAAGUUGUGAGCAUCCAAGGACAUGUACAAAGCCGGACCACAAGGGAGCACACUGACAUCUCGCGUCUUCGCAUCGCGCAGCUCAUUGCCUUCUCUCGACCCCCCUCUCCUCCCGAGCCAAUCAACCUCGAGCUGUGAGUCCUGUCGCUGCCCUUCGCCUGACAGAUCACCAGCUCGCACAGCACUGAAUGCUUCCACUGCCCUUGCGUCUCUCUCGCGCAUGCUCAGCUACAACAUCGAAGGCUUUCCCCUCCCCCUCACAACAGGCUCAGCCUGUGGAUGGCUGAUCCGCUUCUCGCUCCUCGAGUGGGAUGAGGACCGGCUGGAUCGCCUGCUGCUCAGCUUGAGGCGUAGCAUGCCUGAAGGGGCCGAAGCCCGCACCUCUCGCAUGCUCCUCCACGACGGAGACUGGGUUUGGCGUCUGCAAAUCACCUUGUACCUGGGGCCAUUCUUGGGCUGGCAGGAGAGGACCUUCGCCGCUGCUGCUAUGAGCGGGCGUCAUCAGAGGGCCAGGCUGAGGCCGGCGGGGCUGAUUGCCGCGAUUUGAGCGUUGAGGAGGGGAGGACAAGAAGGGAGGAGGGCCAGAAGCAUUCAGAGAGGACGAAAUGGCCCUGCAUCAUCGCUGAAGAACGAAAGAACGUCGUCCAAACCAUGUCGAAGAUAGCUUGCAAUGAAGUCGUCAAUCAUUCUCUGAAGGAUAAGUGGGAAAGAAGAG